GUGCGCGGCGCUGCGUCCUGUGCUGGAAUGUGCGGCUCCCGCGAGCUCGCGGCGCAGCAGCAGAGCGAGCGCCGCCGAGGCCCCGGGCCCCAGAUCCUGGCGGCGGCCCGGACGGCUGGGUGAGGGCCGGUGGCCUGAGCACCCUCGGCAGUCGCACUCCUGGGCCUUCGCGGGCCUCCACGGCCCCUGCGCCCAACUUUUCCACCCUCCCCCUUUCCUCCCCUGCAACUCCAGCAACAAAGAAAAGUAGUCGGAGAAGGAGCGGCGACGCCGGGUGGCCCGCCCCACCUCGCCGAGGAAGGCGGUACAGUUAUGGCCACCCAGGUAAUGGGGCAGUCUUCUGGCGGAGCAGGGCUGUUCACUGGUAACAGCGGCAUCAGCAUGGCGUUGCCUAACGACAUGUAUGACUUACAUGACCUCUCCAAGGCUGAGCUGGCCGCACCUCAGCUUAUCAUGCUGGCAAAUGUGGCUUUAACUGGGGAAGUAAAUGGCAGCUGCUGUGAUUACCUGGUUGGUGAAGAAAGACAGAUGGCAGAGCUGAUGCCUGUUGGGGAUAACAACUUUUCAGAUAGCGAUGGAGAAGGACUCGAGGAGUCUUCUGAAAUAAAAGGCGAACACAAUGGACUGGAAAACAUGGAACUGAGAAAUUUGGAGCUCAGUGUUGUAGAACCUCAGCCGGUAUUUGAGGCAUCACCUGCCCCAGAAGUUUACAGCUCAAAUAAAGAUCUUCCUCCAGAAACACCUGGAGCAGAGGACAAAUGCAAGAAUUUGAAGACCAAACCCUUCCGCUGUAAGCCGUGCCAGUAUGAAGCAGAAUCUGAAGAACAGUUUGUCCAUCACAUCAGAAUACACAGUGCCAAGAAAUUUUUUGUUGAAGAAAGUGCGGAGAAGCAAGCAAAAGCCAGGGAAUCUGGCUCUUCCACUUCAGAAGAGGGCGAUUUCUCCAAGGGCCCCAUUCGCUGUGACCGCUGUGGCUACAAUACCAAUCGUUACGAUCACUAUACUGCACACCUGAAGCACCACACCAGAGCUGGGGAUAACGAGCGAGUCUACAAGUGCAUCAUUUGUACAUAUACAACAGUUAGUGAGUAUCACUGGAGGAAACACUUGAGAAACCAUUUUCCAAGGAAAGUAUACACGUGUGGGAAAUGCAACUAUUUUUCAGACAGAAAAAACAAUUAUGUUCAGCAUGUUAGAACUCAUACAGGAGAACGCCCAUAUAAAUGUGAACUUUGUCCUUACUCAAGUUCUCAGAAGACUCAUCUAACUAGACAUAUGCGUACUCAUUCAGGUGAGAAGCCGUUUAAAUGUGACCAGUGCAGUUACGUGGCUUCUAAUCAACAUGAAGUAACUCGCCAUGCAAGACAGGUUCACAAUGGGCCUAAACCUCUUAACUGCCCACACUGUGACUAUAAAACAGCAGACAGAAGCAACUUCAAAAAACAUGUAGAGCUCCAUGUUAACCCGCGGCAGUUCAAUUGCCCUGUAUGCGACUAUGCAGCUUCCAAGAAGUGUAAUCUACAGUAUCAUUUCAAAUCUAAGCAUCCUACUUGUCCUAAUAAAACAAUGGAUGUGUCAAAAGUGAAACUAAAGAAAACCAAAAAGCGAGAGGCUGACUUGCCUGAUAACAACACUACCAAUGAAAAACCAGAAACAGAGCAGACAAAAAUAAAGGGGGAUGUGGCUGGAAAGAAAAAUGAGAAGUCUGUAAAAGUGGAGAAAAGAGAUGUUUCAAAAGAGAAAAAGCCUGGUAGUAGCGUCUCAAUGACCCAAGUGACUACCAGGACUCGCAAAUCAGCAACAGAAAUUAAAGAGAUGGAUGUACCUACAGGAAGGAAUUCAGAAAAGUUCUUUAAGUCCAAGAAAAGCAAAAGGAAGAUGGAAGCUGAAGCCGAGUCCUUGCGUGAUGCUGUGAACAAUGAGGAGCCUGUGACAAGGAAGAAAAAGAAGGUAGAAAGAGAAUCCAGAAGUCAGGAAGGGCCGAAGGGUGACACCAAAGUGGAGGAGAGUAGAAAGCAGAAUGCCUGCGUGAAAAAAAGUACAAAGAAGAAAACCCUGAAAAAUAAGUCAAGUAAAAGAAGCAGCAAGCCUGCUCAGAAGGUGCCUGCUCAGAAGGGACCUGCUCAGAAGGAGCCUGCUCAGAUGGUGCCAGCCCAGAUGGGGUCUGCCCAGAAGGGAACUUCUCCUAUGGAGGUUGUUCAGAAGGAACCUGCUCAGAUGGCACCUGCCAAGAUGGAGGUUGUUCAGAGGGAGCCUGCUCAGAAGGGGUCUGCUCAGAAGGAGCCUCCUCAGAAGGGACCUGCUCAGAAGGAGCCUGCUCAGAUGGUGCCAGCCCAGAUGGGGUCUGCCCAGAAGGAGCCUGCUCAGAAGGGAACUUCUCCUAUGGAGGUUGUUCAGAAGGAGCCUGCUCAGAUGGCACCUGCCCAGAUGGAGGUUGUUCAGAAGGAGCCUGCUCAGAUGGCACCUGCCCAGAUGGAGGUUGUUCAGAAGGAGCCUGCUCAGAUGGCACCUGCCCAGAUGGAGGUUGUUCAGAAGGAGUCUGCUCAGAUGGUGCCUGCCCAGAUGGAAUCUGCUCAGAUGGGGCCUGCUCAGAUAGGGUCUGCUCAGAAGAGUUCUGUUCAGAUGGGCCCUGCUCAGAUGGGGCCUCCUCAGAUGGAAGUUGUUCAGAAGGGGCCUCCUCAGAUGGGGUCUGCUCAGAUGGAAGUUGUUCAGAAGGAGCCUGCUCAGAAGGGGUCUGUUCAGAAGAGUUCUGCUCAGAUGGGGUCUGCUCAAACGGGGUCUCAGAUGGGAUCAUCUGCUCAGAAGGGGCCUCAGAUGGAACCUGCUCAGAAGAGUUCUGCUCAGAUGGAGCCUACUCAGAAGGGGCUUCCUCAGAUGGGGUCUGCUCAGAUGGAAGUUGUUCAGAAGGAGCCUGCUCAGAAGGGGUCUGUUCAGAAGAGUUCUGCUCAGAUGGGGUCUGCUCAAACGGGGUCUCAGAUGGGAUCAUCUGCUCAGAAGGGACCUCAGAUGGAACCUGCUCAGAAGAGUUCUGCUCAGAUGGAGCCUACUCAGAAGGGGCCUCCUCAGAUGGGGUCUGCUCAGAUGGAAGUUGUUCAGAAGGAGCCUGCUCAGAAGAGUUCUGCUCAGAUGGAUCCUGCUCAGAUGGGGUCUGCUCAAAAGGGGUCUCAGAUGGGAUCAUCUGCUCAGAAGGGGCCUCAGAUGGAGCCUGCUCAGAAGAAGAGUUCUGUUCACAUGGAGCCUGCUCAGAAGGGGCCUCAGAUGGAGCCUGCUCAGAAGAGUUCUUUUCAGAUGGAGCCUGCUCGGAAGAGUUCUGUUCAGAUGGGGUCUGCUCAGGUGGAGCCUGCUCCUCUGGAGGUUGUUCAGAUGGAAACGACUCCAAUGGGGCUGCCUCCUCCCAUGGACGUUCAGAAGGAGCCUGCUCAGCUGGGGCCUGCCCCCAUGGAAGUGGUUCAGAAGAGGCCUCGGAUGGAGCUGCCUCCUCCCAUAGAGCCUCCUUUUCACAUGGAACUAAUUCCCAAAAAGUCUCCUCUCCGAAAAGAUAAAAAGGAAAAGUCUAACGUGCAGAGUGAAAUGGCAGAAACGGCACGGAAGGAGCUAGUCCUUAUUGAAGUUGGCUUAGUGCCUGUGAAGGAUAGCCGACUUCUAAAGGAAAGUGCGAGGACACAGGGUGUCUCCCCACCGUCACCAGUGCUGCCAAAGGAAAGCUUACAAGAAGAGGCAUCAAAAGACCAGAAGUUGCUCUCUGAAAGUGAAGGGGAUAAAGAAGCCCCUCUUCAGAGAGCAGGGGCAGAAGAGGCAGGUGCCAGCCCAGCUGGUCAUGCUGCUUCUAUCGAGGAAUCCGCCAGUGUUUCAUCCUCUGGACAAAACCAGAAUAUGCCAGAGGGUGAAACUUUAGAUGGUAAAUAUCAGACUGACACUAUUCCUUGUGAAAUGAAAGUGGACACUGAUCAGAACCCAACAGAGAAUCCCCCUGACAAAGACUCAGUAGUUGAAGACCCAGUUUCACCGUUGCUCCCUGCCCCACCAAUGGAAGAAAGUGAAGCAGUGUCCAAAACUAUUCUGACAUCACCUCCUAUUGCCACGGCAGUAAAUGAGUCUCAGGAAAUCGAUGAGGACGAAGGCAUACACAGUCACGAUGGAAGCGACCUAAGUGACAACAUGUCGGAGGGUAGUGACGAUUCAGGGUUGCAUGGGGCUCGGCCAGCUCCACAGGAAACCAGUAGGAAAAAUGCAAAGGGAGCCUUGGCAGUCAAAGCAUCCAAGGGAGAUUUUGUUUGUAUCUUCUGUGAUCGUUCUUUCAGAAAGGAGAAGGAUUUCAGCAAGCACCUCAAUCGCCAUUUGGUUAAUGUGUACUAUCUGGAAAAAGCAGCUCAAGGACAGGAGUAAUGGACCUUUGGAUAAGGUUUCAGUUUAGUGUGUAAGGCCUAUUACAUUUUAUAUAUCCAUUUAUAAUAGCAGAUAGCUUUUUAAGAUUGCUUUAAUUAGUGUCCAAUGUUGAUUUUUAAGUGCAUUCUUUUCCUUAGGACUAUAUAUAUAUGUGUGUGUAUAUAUAUAUAUAUACGUACGUAUAUACAUACAUAUAUAUAUACCUGUUGAUUGUUGCAUACAUUUAAGCAAAUCCAAGGGAGUAGUGUACUAAACCAGCAGACACCUAAAUCUGUUAGCUUAUGUGUUGAAUUGAUUGGAAACGGCCAACACAGUCUAGUAGCGUCCUGUUGCUUUGUCCAGCUACAGAUUGUCAGUUUUUUCUCCAUGUCUAUCUUCCCAUUUUACUUUAGUUUAUUUUUAGUUCCUUGUUUAGCUCUAUAAAAAUUGGCUCACUUAAUAGCAAAUUACUUGAAGAAUUUGCCUGCUUUAUAUAAAGUUAGCACUUUAAGCCUUUUUUUUUUUUUAGAGAUGAGAAGACAUUUAAAUUGAAGAGAAAUUCUCCCAACAAUGGACAUUCUAUCAGUCCAGGUAUUUACUUCCUGAGUUUUGAUCAAUAUUUCUAAUUUGUGUAUGUUUAUUGUCAUAAAAACAGUGAUUUUGGUGUGUGGGUUUUUUUUUUUUUUUUUUGGUGCUUUAAUGGCUUAAGAUGUUGCACAUUGCUUUGUUUUUUUUUUUUAACCUAUGCAGUUAAAUAUUUUCUAGAAAUAGCAUUUGUGUUGAACAGUAACACUUUAUACAUAUAUGCAUGUUUAUUUUGGCCUCUCUGGAGGGAUACUUUUAGGUUUGUUUGCAAAAAAGCAGUUUUCUUUUUCUUCGCUGCAUUUGUCUUUUUUGCAGAAUAAUAGUGUGUGCAAGUUUGUGAGCAAAUGAAACAUGCAGAUUCAAUCCUUUGAUUUUGAUUUUCACAUAUUGUAUCUAUGCCAGAAUCUGUAUUUCAUUUAAGUUAUUUAUUUUGAAUGGAUGUAGUAAAUUUAUAGCUCUCAGUUUUGAUUUUGUAGCAAAGUAACCACUAGGCUCCAUAUUGAACAAAUUUUUAUCUCAAACACCAACUAUAGAGUGUUAAAACAGAUCUUGGGAGAAAACCUUUUCUCAUAGAUGGUUGGUGUCCAUUACAGCUACUUAAACUGAAUAAAGAACUGUUAAGUGGUGGAAAUUGCAGACCUGGAAUCAGGAUACAUAAUUUAUUCCUUCAAGUUUUUACAGAAUAUCACUUGGGAGAUUCCAAAGCCAUAGCUAUUACACAGCAAACUUAGAGGUAGUAAGAGUGCUGGCGGACCAGCUGCAGUUUCCUGUAAGUACAGUGAAAAGGCUGGUGAAACUUAAGUACAGUCCAGAUUUUUAAAAAAUCAUACUUUCUCAGGGAUCUCCACAACUAGUUGGGUGUCCUGGGUGUCACUGGGACAGCCUCUUUCGACAGGUGAGGCCUCAAACGAAUUAUAGCUAUUCUGGUGUUCUAUGGGGCACUUUGUAGGAAAAAGGGCAUGUACUCCAAAACUUUUUUUUCUAGGUUCUUUGGCCAGUUGCCAAAGAGUAUGAAAGAAUCCAGCAUAGGAUUUUUCUUAGUGAUAGUAGUUAUUCAGGGCAGUAAAAUAAAUUAUAAUCCCAAGAGGGAAUCUGGAAUUCUGACCUCCCAUAGUCUAUGUUGAUAUAACCACUUUAUGUUUCAUUUCCUUUUUUUUAAUCUGGUGAUCUCUUUGAGGUAGGUACAACAUGAAAGGUUAUAACGAAAAGUGUUGAUGAUGCGUGGUGAAAAACUCAUAAAAAUCUAAGAAAAGUCUGAGUUGAAAGUCGUUUGGACUUGGAAUUUGGGAGGCCAAAGAUUUAAGAAAGCAGAUUCUCUCAAGACAGGAGUAAGUUGUGUGAUGAUGGUGCGUGCUUUGUGUGCGUGAAUGGGAACUUGUUAAUGUUGAGUUCUGGGCUCCGACAAUCAUUGUCAACAAAAGAUCAAGCUGCAAAUAUUUAUGUUUUAAAACUUAAAUUAUAAAGCUAGCUAAAUCUUUCUGACAACUAGUUUAAUGUUCGUGGCUACAUUUUACCUAAGUUACAGUUUACAUUAGAUAGAAAAAGAUUCAUCUUAAGCAUAGAUUGGAUAUUGAGAAUCCAGCUGGGGAAGAGGUUUUUGUGGAUUCCUUCAUACUGCAAAAGGAAAAAAAAUUGCCUUCCGAGGAAUUGAACUAGUUUCUAAUCUAGUCUUUAAGAUUAGAAUGCUAAAUACAAAAAUAUGAAGGAAAUUAAACCCCGUAUUGUUAAAAUGAUCUGUAAAAGCAUUGUUACUGGAAAUUGAUUGGGACUUGAGGCCUUUCUUCUGGGAAAUAAGGACUUGAUUGUCAGGCCUGUAUUCGGUUCUGAACCUUAUUGCAUGUAUUUGUACUUAUUAAAAAUUGUUUCAAUGAAAAAUAUAUUAGCAAUAUGAACUUUGGUCAUUUGGAAGUUCUUCCAUUUGAAAAAUGUUAUUUGCAUGGAACUUUUUUUUUUUUCUUUUUUUUUUUUUGUAGAGACAGAGUCUCACUGUACCGCCCUCGGGUAGAGUGCCGUGGCGUCACACGGCUCACAGCAAACUCCAACUCCUGGGCUUACGUGAUUCUCUUGCCUCAGCCUCCCGAGCAGCUGGGACUACAGGCGCCUGCCACAACGCCCGGCUAUUGCAUGGAACUCUUUGAAUCUUAUUUUUACUUUUUAGUCCCCUCUCGCCACUGGAUAGAAUUGAAGGUAGAAUUUUCCCUUUUGAUAAAGGAACAAAAAAAAAAAAAUGAACAUGUAUUUGUAAAUUGAUGUUUAGUAAGUAGUGAUAAACUUGAAGUGCUAGAGUACAGUAUAAGCCUUAAUCCUAGGUUGUCUUAUGAAAAUGAAUCUUUUAACUAUCUUUUGAAUCUAUAAUCACAUGGGUUUUCAAGAUAUUUUAAGUUAUAUUAUAUUUUUUCUUCUUUUUUUCAGAGCUGCUUAUUUUGGGGAUACUUUUUUUUUUUUUUUGUAGAGACAGAGUCUCACUUUAUGGCCCUCGGUAGAGUGCCGUGGCCUCACACAGCUCACAGCAACCUCCAACUCCUGGGCCUAAGUGAUUCUCCUGCCUCAGCCUCCCGAGUAGCUGGGACUACAGGCGUGGGGAUACUUUUUUAUUGAGGUGUCAAUUUACAAGGGGCUACAUUUUCUUUCUUUCUUUUUUUUUUUGAUAAGGCUUCUUAUAACUAUGGCUGGAUGUUUUGCUUUAGUCUUCCAAGAAGGGCCAUUUUAUUUUUUUAAGAGUCACUUCUAAAGUCAUGUGGCUAUUUUGCAUAUGAGUGCUGAUACAAAUUAAAACCCACGUAGACCUCAUUGCCUGUAACUGCUCAUUGCAUGAAUGUUGACAAUGGAAGGAAUAUCUUAACAGUGAUAUACUGUCAAUUCUGGACGGAAAAGCUGGGGAAGAAAUUUACUUUUCUUCUUUUUUGCAUAAGUCAGAAAAACAUACAGUUAGUCUGCCGACUUUCCUUGUUGACCUCAGCAGAUGAAGUGAGUUGAUAGUGUUAAUUCAGAUUGAAGAAAUUGUCUGAAUCUUGGUUUGUGUAGAUUUACAAUCUACAUGCAAUAUUAACAAAUCAGAUAGCUAUGCCUGUCCCACGUGUGUACAUAGGCUCCCUCCCACCCCCUUCCACACCCAUUAGUUACUGUACUUUGUAAACUGGCGUUGAAACAUUACAAUGUUUGUUGCACCAAUUUAUAAACUUAUACAGUGCAAUACGUGUUAUUUUUCUGAGGCAAACCAAAGGUAAAUCUCUCAAGGUUCUUGCUGCCUUCUUUAGCAGCAUUUGAUGGAUCUUUUAUACAUUUGUAUUAGAUGAAAAUAAAGCAGACUGCAAAUCCUGUUUUAAAAAAAUUUAAACCAUGUACCAAGUUUUGGUCCAAAUUAUGUAGGAUAAGUUAAACUUAAAUUGCAUUCUAUUAACCAACAUGAGUGUAUUUCUGUAAGAAUAGUUAUGUUGAAAUAAAGUUUUGAAAAGCAUGA